AGAAGAUCACAUCGGCAGAAUGAACCGCGCUCACCUCCUACUUUUCAUUGUUUGUACCGCUGGCGUUUCCUUUUCGAGGGGUUAUCCACAGGGCGACUUAAUCACUCCGGAUAGUGACGAAUCGGAUGUGAGCGGCAUUGGAUUCGUCACCCUCGAUGGAAAUGCCAGCGAUGAAAGUGACGAAAGUGGCCAAGGCAACGCCUCCGAUGACCUGAUAUUCCUCAGUCGCAAAAAGCCGAAUUCCUCGAACAAUUCCCUCGAUUUGAGCGCCUUUGUGGCUCUGAUACCCCUGCAGGAAGUCCAGUCCAUAGCUGCCCACUUCUACCAACACGACGUGGAGUUCCAAAAGGCCUAUGCCUUCCUCGCCAGUCCCCUCUUUGCGGAUAUCAAGCGGAAGAUCCUCCAGCUCCCAGAAGUCCUGGAGUUCACCAGCUAUCUGGAUACCCACGGCUUGGAUGUGAUUAAGGUGAUGCAUUCGGUGGCUGCGGUGUUCAAACCUUCCGUUCUGAGCACAGUUAAUGUCGUCAACGAGCCAACCAAAGCCGCAAUCACCGAGGAAGUCAACGCCGCCCCAGGAGAGCCCCAAACGGGUCUCCACGGAAUGGUGGAGCGGGUCCUGGAGAUCCUGCCGCAGGACCAACUGUACGCCCUGUUUUUCGACGAGUUCGAGAGCAACAAACAGUUUGCGGCAUUCGUCGACAGCAUUAGCAGUCCGAAGUUUGCCAAAAUUCUGAGCGGCCUGCAGAACUCAUUGCCGCUGCGAAAUUUGCUAUUUGUCCUGCACAACAACAGCAUCUAUGUGGAGCGGAUUGUGGAGUCCGUAAAGUCGUAUUUAUCCAUCUCCAGCUUUUAAUUUGCUUAAGUUUAAGGAAUUUGUUUUGAAAAGCCGCUAAACGGAUUAAUGUGAAGAAUAGAGUGGCAGCAAUUAUUACCAUAGUUAUUUAUGUAAAAAAGAUAGCUCAUGCGUGUUAACACAAAAAUUUGAUUUCUCACACUAUCGUUUAUAAUUGAUUUCAAAAUCAGAUUUGUAUAAUGAAUUUUAUUUUUAAUUUUGGCCUUACUAUUUCCGCUAGUUUUCCUAUCACAUCACAUCCUGUUCACCUACGAAGUUUGGCCUUUGAAGAGCACAUAAAAAUGGGACCUCAUUUAGUGUGUAAUAAACGAGGGAAAUCCUUUAAA